UCUCCUGGUUGUUUUUGAAAGCCUUCAGAAAGUGAACGUGAAAUCUAGUUUGCUGGAGUUCUUUCUCAAACAGUGAAAAUGGAUUCAUUCUCUGUAAAGGACAUUUCUUGUCCGGUUUGCUGUGAGAUCUUCAGGGCUCCCGUUCUUCUGUCAUGUAGUCACAGUUUCUGUAAAGAGUGUCUUCAACAGUUCUGGACAACCAAGACCACUAGGGAGUGUCCUGUCUGCAGCAGAAGAUCCUCAAGGGAUGAUCCUCCAUGUAAUCUUGUGUUGAAAAACUUGUGCGAGUCAUUUCUGAAGAAGGAACGAAAUGAGGAGCUCUGCAGUUUACACAGUGAGAAACUCAAGCUCUUCUGUCUGGAGGACAAACAGCCUGUGUGUUUAGUGUGCAGAGACUCACAGAAACACGUCAAUCACACGUUCAGACCCAUCAGUGAAGUAGUUUCAUCUCACAAGGAAGAGCUGAAAUCCUUACAAGAAAAACGUAAACACCGAGAGAAAAUCAAAGAAGAGUGUGUGAAAAUAUUUCAACACAUUCAGUGUCAGGCGGAGUGCACAGAGCGUCAGAUUAAACUGGAGUUUGAGAAGCUCCAUCAGUUUCUCAGAGAUGAAGAAGAGAUUGCAAUCACCGCACUGAGGGAGGAAAAAGAGCGGAAGAAUCGGAUGAUGCAGGAGAAGUUUGAGGAGAUCAACAGACACAUCUCAGCUCUUUCACACACAAUCACAGACUUGGAGAAGAUGAUGAAUGCCAAUCAAGUGUUGUUUCUAAAGAACUUUCCGGAUGCGAUGGAGAGAAUCCAGAGCUUACGGUCGGAUCCACAGCUGGCUUCUGGAGCUUUGAUAGACGUGGCACAUUACCUGGGCAACCUGCCAUUCAGAGCCUGGAAGAAGAUGCAAGACGUUGUCCAAAACACAGCUGUUGAUUGUGUCUCAUCAGCUCCUGUGAUUCUGGAUCCCAACACUGCUUAUCCAGGUCUCCUCUUGUCUGAUGAUCUGACCAGUCUGGUGUGCAGCACCAACAGUCAAGCACUUCCUAAUAAUCCAGAGAGAUUCGACGAGCACUUCUGUGUUCUGGGUUCAGAGGGGUUUAACGCAGGAACGCACUGCUGGGACGUGGACGUCAAAGAGAGCUCAUCCUGGGGCCUUGGAGUAACCACGGCAUCAAACCAGAGGAAGGGUUAUGAUUUCUUUGACAGUGGUGUGUGGAGUGUGCAGCACAGACUGUUUAAAGAGUCUGGUUUUCCUGUCGUACAACAGCUGGAGCGGGUGAGAGUUCAGCUGGACUUCGACAGAGGAACAGUGUCUUUCUCUGAUCCUGUAUCUAACACUAACCUAUACACGUUCACAGCCACCUUCACUGAGACAGUCUUUCCAUUCUUUUAUAGCUUUUCUCAUCUGAAGAUCUUAUCGUUAAGUUGGGGGAAGGGGUAGUUGUGGCCUAAUGGUUUGAGAUUCGGACUCGUAAUCCAAAGGUUGUGAAUUUGAGUCUCAGGCCGGCAGGAAUUGUAGUUGGGGGGAGUGUAAUGUACAGUGCUCUCUUCACCCUCAAUACCACGACU